CAGUUUAGCCGUGUAUUGAGUUAUAUCAAAGGGACGGAUAUCGAAAUAUUUCUUGCUGCAUUUCAAACAGUCUUGCAGGCCUUGCUGUCAGCUGUUAUUACAGUCUCUGAAGAACUUGAGCGAUUGAAGGCGUGUGGAAGGACAACUUUCACUUGUAUCAUGAAUCUUUCAUCAAAUGAAUCCCAUUUAGAUGAUUGCCUCCUACCAGUUUCUCACAUAAUUGCGUUAAUUCCAAUUAACAUUUUGUCAAGCGUCGUGGGAACCAUCGGAAACUCUCUGGUGAUCGCUACAGUUUACACCAACAAGAGUUUACAGAUUAUUCCCAACCUCUGGUUGGCGAGUAUGGCUGUGGCCGAUUUGAUGGUCACUGCUUUGGGUCAGCCGCUGCUCAUAGCAUUCUGGGGGCUUCAUGUAAAUCGCGAAUGUAACGAGCCGGUGUCCGAAACAUUUCGUGUUGUUGGGAACAUGUCGUGCUCAGCUUCGGUUCUCCACUUGUGUUUUAUCAGUAUCGAUCGCUGUCUCCUUAUUGUCCGACCAGUUCAAAGCAAAGCGAUCCGAACACUGAAGAGGUUCAAGUUAGCGUUACUUAUCGCCUGGAUUGUUCCGGUUAUCUACGGUGUUUUGCGAAUGUCAGUGAGCAAGAAAACAACUUCUUAUUUCACCGUCAUUGCCGCGGCCAUCUGUUACUUAACCAUCAUUUGCUGCUACACAUUGAUCAUUUUUAAAGUUUGGAAUCGUGACGGUGUUCACAGUCACGCAAGACAGAGUGCCUCACAAUUGGUUGAACGUCGCGUGACAGUCACGGUUGCUAUUGUUGUCGUAGUCUUCACAAUUUGUUGGGUUCCGCUGAUGUACCUUCGCAGCGUCUAUGCCCAAAGUAAUGUUGGAGUGGCAUACAACUGGGCGAGAACAAUAGCUUUGAGUAAUUCUGCAAUGAAUCCGUGGAUAUAUUGUUUUCGUAUGGAAGCAUUCCUUACGAAUUACAAACGACUUUUGAAGUGUGGCUUUGGAAACAAUAAGCGUGACGGAAGCGCUCAGUGUGAAGUUAAUUAA